AUGAACGGCCUUCCUGGAGCUGGAGCCGGCGCUGCCGGAGGCGUCGACCCGAAUGAUCCUAAUAUUAAGAGGUUAAACGCCAUGAUGGAGUCGUGCUUCGGCAAGGCUGCCGUUUCCGGCGUUAUGGGAUUUGGUAUGGGCGGUCUGUUUGGAAUGUUCAUGGCUUCUACCACACCCCCAACUAACCCGCGCCCCUUCCCACAGAUGGCCUACGACACGCCCUUCCACUCGCCCGGCGCCGCGGGCGCCGCGCCGAUCCCCAUCGCCAACCUGCCCUGGCGGCAGCAGCUCAAAGUCGGGUUCCGAGACAUGGGGUCGCGGUCCUACAGCACGGCCAAGAACUUCGGGCUGGUGGGCCUGAUGUUCGCCGGCAUCGAGUGCGGCAUCGAGGGGUACCGCGCCAAGAACGACAUGUACAACGGCGCCGCCGCCGGGUGCCUGACCGGCGGCAUCCUGGCGCGCGGCGGCGGGCCGACGGCCGUCGCCGGCGGGUGCGCUGCCUUCGCCGCGUUUAGCGCUGCUAUCGAUGCGUGGUUGAGGUCGCCUAAGGACGAUGAAUAA